GGGGCAAAAAUCCUGGGACACCGGUACACAUAUGAAAAUGCUCAUGAGUAUACUGGAUUUUGGUACACAUAUGAACAUGCAGGGUGCUACCUAAGUAGCAAUGUUUUCACACCACAUUUAGAGGGUAUUAUCUAUGUGAUAAUGUGGUCCUGUUUCAAUGCUGACUGGUGGGUUGUAACAAUCUUAUACCACCACAGAUUGCCAAAAUCUACAGAGCUUGGUAUGCUUGAACGUUUGUUUGACCAUCCCUAAUGUAGCUAAAAAUUUUCAGAUUCAGAGCAAAAGGUUUCAAAUACCCUCUUUCCUGAGCACGAACUCGUCACAGAACCUGAAGAAAUGAAUAAAGAUGUUGAUAAUGGUGGUGAUCAAGAAAGUGUAAGAAAGUAUGAGGAGUAUCUCAAGGAUCACAGAAAUGAUGGCACAAGUUCAGACAAUGACUGGAACUCAUUAGAAGCAGAAAGCAAAAAGAUUAACGAUGUCGUGGAGGACAAAACUUAUUGGGAAUUCAAGAAAAGAAUUUCAUUCGAGCCAGAACAGGUUUAUGGAACAGAGUCACAAGCUUUACUGACAAUAGAAAUUUGGGCAUGAAGUUUGCAGUAUACCACCGAUCUAGAAAAAGAAUUUUCUUCUUGGCAACAAAAUCCAAAAAUAAAAAUUUCAUGUGUACAACCAUCAAUUUCCACACAUGACAAUUUCAUUUAAAAAAUAUUGUUAAUACAUUUGGAAUUUUUAAUUAACAAGCAAAUUGUAUGGCAUUUCAAUAUAUAAAAUGACAAAAAUUUCCAGAUUGGAUAGUGCUGAAAAUUUCAAGCCCUGGAAAAUAUAAAUUCAUUCACAGUUUCACACUUGAACCAACUUCUUUUCACACUUGAACCAACUUCUUUCCGCUUUCAGGUUUUACGCUAUCAACGACAUGGAAACCCACUCUGGGUAUCAAAGUUGAAUAUACCUAAUAAAAGUGAUAUACCUAUAUGUCCUUGUGGGGCAGAAAGGACUUUUGAAUUCCAGGUAUUCAAUUAAAUAAAAUAUAGAGCAAGGGGCAUCACUAUGAAUCUCUUCGGUCUUUUGUGCCUCCCUCUACAGUCCAGGCUGCCCAGGCAUUUCUCAUGAGAACAACCUAAACCACGCCAGUAUAAUUUUGUUUAUCAAGAAAUGGGCUACGAAAAAUAAUAAUACCAAGGCAACAAAUUUCCUAGUUCUGCAUGUUAUCAGCAUUCAAACCAAGCUUUGUUAUUUCAGUACCUAAAACAUGUCACUACCUGAUAGGAACCACCUUAUAUGUUGUGGGAAUGAAUAGCAAUUCACAAUAGCAAAAACCGAAGAAAAAACAGUGUGGAGGAGAAACUACUAGAAAGCCCAAUUUUUAUCGGUUCAACAUUGUAAUAUUCUCUUCUUUUCUACCUAGAUUUUGCCCCAGUUAUUGAAUCACAUGAAAGUCGACUCACUACAAGCCAGCAUUGAUUGGGGAACUCUUACAGUUUAUACUUGUUCUCAAGACUGUAACAAACCAGAUACUGUUUACUACUAUGAAGAAUUUGUUUGGAAACAAGAUUUUUCUAAUACUGGACUACCUGCCAAUAUCUUAUCUAAUUAGCUAAACAGCAAAAAUAGAUUAAAGUAUACUUAAAGUACAGUGGAUAAUCUCUAACAUUUAAUACAAGUUUGCCAUUAAAACUUUUGUGGACAGAAGCACUUGAGGGUUCUAUGCCAAUUUGAUGCGUAAUAUUGGCCAAAAUGGAGAAAUCGCUAAGGUGUUAGCCCUUAUUUUAUUCUUAUUUUGGCUGCCUUUUCGAAGAGCUUAAAGACAGCCAAAACAUGACGAAUGAUUAGCCUUUACUUUGUGCCCAUUCUGAUUGUGAAGUCAAUGCAGUGCACAGUGAAACCUAUGUGUAGGGAUGGAAACACAAUUGUUAACUCAAACGAAGUUGUAUUCGGUUAUUUGUCUUAUUUACAUUUAUACAAACCACAUCAAUGAUAUCGCCAGCUCCAAGUUCUUUAGAAGAUGGAAUGACAGACUUGUGUAACAGUCCAUCAUGGCCUACCCCAAUGUCAACAAAAGCCCCGAAUGUAGUAACAUUCGUCACACGCCCAGUAAGAUGUGUAUUAACACUAAGGUCAUUGAUCGACAUUAUUCCUUCACGAAAUAAGGGCUUGGAGAAAUCUAAAAAAUAUCAAGAAAAACAUAACGUUUUUAUCAGUUGAAAACAGAG